AUGGCUGCCGAGGCGCGUGCCUCUAUAUGGGCGCGGCUCAAAGCUGUCAAGCCGCCCUUCGUCUCAAAGAAACCGCAUUUCAACUUUAUUUCCAUUCAUUACACAUGGAUCAUCGGCGCAACAUUAUGUGCUUCUGUUAUUAUUUACGGGUCUGGUCGCGGCCAAACUUCUUACAUCGAUUCCCUCAUGUUCGCAAGUGGAGCCAAUACACAGGCUGGCCUAAAUCCCAUUGAUGUUAAUCUUCUCAAUACCUUUCAACAGGUUGUUGUUUAUUUCUUUACUUUAACCUCCAACCCUAUCACUUUACACACCUCAGUCGUUUUCCUGCGUCUGUACUGGUUCGAAAAGAGGUUUCAAGGCUGGGUUACAGACGCCCGACAGCGCCGCGCUACCAUCUCCAAGGCAAAGACCCGUCCACGGAACGAUGACCGUCAGAAUGAAGAAGGAGUUAAUGGCCGGCAUAUUACCAUUGUUCCUCCCCAGGGACGGCGUCAACGCAUCACCAACGACGGCAUUUUAUUAGACGGGAGUGAGGCCUAUCAAUCUCAGGCAAUUGUCGACGACGAUGACGACAAUGAUCACCAGCGGCGCCAACCACCACCUGCGAGCAGCGACGAGAGUGACACAGUUUCAGCUGGACGAUCCAAUAGCAUAGAGCUCAGCCCACUCGAAAAGCCUGGUCAGGCUCACCACGACAACAGGGAUGAGUGGAAAGAAGAACAAUCCAGAACGCAGAACACACCGUCUGGAAUCAAAUUUGCCGAGACGGUUAAGAGAAGUGACGGGGUUGACGACGACUUGACCAAGUUUCCUCAACGAAGGACGCACGCAGAGCACAUUGCCAUUUUGGAGCGCCAGCGAAACCAAGACAAUGAAGUGUUGAGGAUUCCCGGUCCACGAGAAACCGAGAGAGGACUGGGCCCGCGAAGGCUGGAAGAAGAUGAUGGAGACGAUGACAACAACACUAUCGCCAUGACGAGAACAGUGGAAUCGAGACCGGAUCAUGCUACCAUCGAUUCGAGGGGACCACCCGGUCGUAGACCAACCAUCGUUAUUGCCGAGCCGAAGCGUCCGCUCAAACACGAAUUGACUGACGAUGCCAGAGCCAUUGGUGGCACUCUCGAUGCUAUUAGGAUGCGAAAGCCCCGUAUCCUCAACCGUGGCCAAAAGGAGACACACGACGAUGGCGAUAGCACAAUGAGCCGUGCCUUCCGAACUCGCACAAUAGACACCAUCAGGUCAGCUUUAACAAACGACCACACCAAGGACAUGCCUUAUCUGAGUUAUACACCGACUAUGGGUCGAAACUCAAACUUUGUGGGGUUGACUCUUGAGCAGCGAGAGGAAUUGGGUGGCAUUGAAUAUCGGUCACUGAGAACGCUGGCCGUAAUAUUGCUUUCCUACUUUUGGGGGUUUCAGCUUAUUGCUGUAACCUUUCUCCUGCCCUGGAUUCUCCACACUGAAAAGUAUGGCAGAAUCGUUGAGGCCAGUGCUGUUUCCAGAACUUGGUGGGGUUUCUGGACAGCCAACUCUGCUUUCAACGACCUGGGUCUAACCUUGACCCCGGACAGCAUGAACUCUUUCAAUACUUCAGAGUAUAUCAUGAUGAUCAUGUGGUUCUUUGUUAUCAUCGGAAACACUGGAUUUCCUUUGAAUUCGGGUCCAGUCGCCCAACUGCCUGUUCAUACUCGCAUUGCUGAUGGCCUCUUUCAAGCCGCUUCUACUAGGACUGCGGGUUUCUCUUGCUUCAGCUUGAGUGACCUCCAUCCUGCCCUUCCAGUGCUGUACAUGAUCAUGAUGUACAUUUCCAUUUUCCCUAUCGCGAUUUCCAUUCGCCGAACCAACGUCUACGAAGAGAAGUCUCUUGGCGUCUACAGCAGCAAGAAAGACGAUGACGAAGAAGAAUCAGCCAGUGCUCUCAAUUACGUCGGCACUCAUUUGCGUCGCCAACUCUCCUUCGAUCUGUGGUAUGUCUUCGUGGGCUUCUUCCUACUUGCCAUCAGCGAAGGUGGUAGCCUCAAAGCGAAGGACUUCAACUUGUUCGACAUUCUCUUCGAGGUCAUCAGCGCAUACGGAACUGUUGGUCUGAGCAUGGGUGUGCCCAACGUCAAUGCCUCCCUUUGCUCGCAGUUCACUGUUGUCGGUAAACUCAUCAUUGUUGCUAUGCAAAUUCGUGGUCGACAUCGUGGUUUGCCUUAUGGCUUGGAUCGUGCUGUGCUUUUGCCAAGCGAAGCACGCUUCCAGAAGGAGGCCGAGGAAAACCAACCAAUCCUCAUACGCACACGUACAAAUGCGUCCAUGGGGGCAGCAUCUGGCAUGGAACCUCCAUCAAGUCCAGGCUUCCCUGGCCGAAGAGGAAGUGCCAGCCGUUUCCGCGAGAGAGCCAACAGCCGCAUCAUUUCCCAAUUCCUCUAUCCUGGACCUGUUAUUCCCAGUAACGAGAUCCAUGGCCACAAGCGCGCAACCUCAAAUAAUUCUAAUAACACACGAGACUUUCCACGAUUCAAUACUGAACCAGUAUUUGAGGAAGAGAAAGAUGAGGUUCCUCCCCUGCGGCCCAUCGAAUCCCACCAAUUCACGCCUCGGCGGGCAGAGACAGGCUAA